AUGACUCGAGCUGUCAGCAAGAUGUGGGAAAAGUACAGGCUGCGUCCAACCCAGGGCACUGUCUCAACUACCAUCCCGGUCUUCAUCUACGGCACAGCCUGGAAGAAAGACCGCAGCGCGGAUCUUGUCUACAAUGCGAUCAAAACUGGAUUUAGGGCGGUGGACACAGCGGCACAGCCCCGUCACUACCAAGAGCAUCUCGUCGGCGAUGGCAUCCGCAGAGCGAUUGCCGACGGGAUUGUCGGCCGAGCAGAUUUAUACGUGCAAACAAAAUUCAGUCCGGUCUCGGCACAGGAUGUGGCCAAUAUGCCAUAUGACCCAGCGGCGCCAGUGACAGAACAGGUCCAUGCAUCUAUCAAAUCAUCAUUGCACAAUCUUCGCUCAAAAAGCGACCCUAGCUCUGUGGAAGAGGCCUACAUUGACACUGUGGUCAUCCAUUCCCCGCUUCCCACUUUAGCUCAGACUCUGGAGGCCUGGCACGCCCUUGAGACUUACGUUCCCCAUCGCAUCCGCAAUCUGGGUGUCUCCAAUUGCACGUUACCUAUGCUUCGAGAAUUGUGCACUUCGUCCCAGACAACCGUCAAACCAUCAGUGGUACAAAACAGGUUCUAUGAGGAUACCCUGUUCGAUAUUCCAUUGCGCGCAUUCUGUCGCCACAACCAAGUCAUUUACCAGAGCUUCUGGACGUUAACAGCAAAUCCAGAUCUUGUGCGCUCUGAACCUGUGCUACAAUUGGCUCGCCAUGUUGAAAUCACACCGGCAGCUGCUUUUUAUACUCUGGUCAUGGGCUUGGAGAAUGUGACGGUGCUGAAUGGGACCAAGAAUGAGUCGCGCAUGAGGGAAGACUUGGCUGCUCCUAAACAGGUGGAAGAAUUCACGGUGAGGCAGCCUGAGUUAUGGCAACAGAUAUUGACAGAGUUCCGAGGCUUGAUCGGGGAAUCUGAUUCGGCAUAG